AUGCAUUUCCUCAACACUCUCUUGAUUCUUCCAGCUCUUGCUUUAGGCCAAAAUACUGCCACAAACUUUCUCGGAUCAACACCCUCGCAAAGACACUUCAUUGAUCAAGCACAAGCAACAAAAGUCAUCAGCGUAGCAGCUGGCAAGGCGGUAAACAUCUCUGUCCCCGAAAACAUUGCGGUUGUGGAUCCAUCUGGUGCUCUGGUCGCAUUCUUGAAGAUGGAUAAUGCAUUCCCUGCCAGUGCGGAUAUCGCGACCAAGAAAGCAAAGACGGUUGCGGGAUUUAAUGGAGCAUACACCACCGAUGGCUUGUACAACUCAACUCAACCUGGCGCCCCACUCUAUGGCCUUGAAGAAACAAAUGGAGGUCUUGUCGUAUUUGGGGGUGGUCUACCCAUUUUUGUCGAUGGAUUUUUUAUUGGGGCCAUCGGAGUGAGUGGUGGAACAAAUGAUCAAGAUGUGACGGUAGCAAUGGCUGGUGUACACGCAAUUGGUGUAUCGUCUUGA